UCACAUACUGUACAUACACACAAACACACACACACUACCACCUCCAACUAUACACACAUCUGUGGAUUAUUCUGUCUGAGUGUGUGUCUGUGUGUGUGUGUGUGUGUCUGAGUGGAAUUUUAACACCUGUACAAGUUCAGCAUCAGAAGAAAAGGAUGCUUGGAAGUUGAAGUAUGUGUGUGUGAGGGCUGGAGAACAUUCUUCAUUCAACACAGCAUUGAUUACACAGGCGGAGAAUUUUGAUGAUCAUCACAGCCUAAAGUGUAGCAAAGGUGAUCAGAGCUGCGGUAGAAAUGAAGGCACGAUUUUGGUGCAGGAUCUCUCUGAUUCUGACCAUUCUGGCCUUGAGCUUGUACAACGAUGUGGUCGAGGGUCAAAGGGCUGGUUGUAAGAAUGUCCACUAUGACCUGGUGUUCAUCCUGGACACCUCAUCAAGCGUUGGCAAGGACAACUUUGAGAAGAUCCGGCAGUGGGUUGCCAACCUGGUGGAGUCGUUUGACGUUGGUGAGGACACGACUCGUGUGGCAGUGGUACGCUACAGUGAUCGACCCACAACCGAGUUCAACUUGGCCAGGUACAAAACCCUUGAUGAGGUCAAAAAGGCAGCUAGAAACAUCCGCUAUCUGGGUGGCAACACCAAGACCGGAGAUGCUAUCAGCUACACCACCAAGAACAUCUUUACUGUCCAGGCAGGAGCCAGACCUGUUGCCAGGGGCAUCCAGAAAGUGGCUAUUUUACUAACAGAUGGUCGGAGUCAGGAUUACGUUCUGGAGCCAUCUGAAGAGGCGGCCAGUGCCGGGAUCAGGAUGUUUGCUGUGGGAAUUGGAGAGGCGCUUAAAGAGGAGUUAGAGGAAAUUGCAGCCAAGCCAAAAAAUGCUCACGUCUUUCACGUGACAGAUUUCGAUGCCAUUGACAGGAUCCGAGGCCGGCUGAGGAGGAGACUCUGUGAGAAUGUGCUGUGCCCAAACAUGAAGGUGCAAGCGGAACGCUUCAAGCCGAACAGCACCAGCGCUCGACUGCAGGAAGUACCAGGCUUCGACCUGAUGGAGUACUUUAAUGUGAGAGAUGUUCUGGGAGAGAAGUCUGAGCCUGGACAGAGCUCCUAUGUGAGACUGGGGACCAUGCCGAUUGUUCAGCACACUGAAAACGUGUUUCAACAAGGCCUUCCUGAUGAAUACGCCUUCGUCACCACGUUCAAAUUCAGAAAGACAUCUAGGAGGGAGGACUGGUACCUGUGGCAGGUCUAUGACAAAUACGGUAUCCCUCAGGUAUCAAUUCGUCUGGAUGGAGAGAACAAAGCAGUGGAGUACAACGCUGUGGGUCUGACCAAAGACGCAGUCCGCGCUGUGUUCCGCAGCCCGGAUGUGGAUAACCUAUUCGACAGAAACUGGCACAAGAUCGGCCUGAGUGUCCAAUCCAGAUCCGUCUCGCUCUAUUUGGACUGUGUGCACAUCCAGACAAUACCGAUUGAGGACCGAGAGGACAUCGACAUCCAGGGAAAAACCGUCAUCGGCAAGAGGCUCUACGACAGCGUCCCCAUCGAUUUUGACCUGCAGAGGAUGGUGAUCUACUGCGACUCCAAGCAGGUAGAGCAGGAGACAUGCUGUGACCUGCCUGCAGGCCCUUGCCCCAAGCAGGUGGUGACUGAACCCACACCUAUUUUAAUCCCGACCCCGAGUCCGACGAGUGGGGAGCAGAAAAGUGGAGAACACACCGUUAACUGCUCCUGCACCGCAGGGGAGAGGGGUGAGACAGGUCUGCCCGGUGCUCAAGGCCCUAAGGGUGAAAAGGGAGAUCCGGGGCUUCAGGGUACGGCAGGACCGCAAGGAAUCAAAGGGCAGAAAGGAGACCCUGGCAAGGCUCUCUCUAUCAAAGGAGAUAGAGGCGAGAAGGGUAACAGCGGAGAUGUAGGUCAGCCUGGGGGCAAAGGUGAUAAAGGAGAGAGGGGCACUGAAGGCCUCCCAGGGCUCGCCGGCAAACAUGGAGACAAAGGAGACCAGGGUGAGAAAGGAUCAGCCGGGGCUCCCGGGUUAUCUGGACCGCUCGGACCACAGGGUAUCCAAGGUGACAUGGGACAUCCUGGAGUACCUGGUCCUAAAGGUGUUUCUGGUGAUCCGGGUAAAAAAGGAGAAAAGGGAACAGCAGGAGAGAAGGGAUUCGCAGGAUUAGACGGUAUUCCUGGCAAACCUGGAUCUCCAGGAAAGGAGGGUCUAAGAGGCCUAAUUGGUGCACCUGGAGCACAUGGGGUUAAAGGAGAAAAGGGUGAAAGAGGUCCUGCUGGAAUACCUGGAGAUGUGGUGCAAAGGGAAGGACUAAAAGGUGAAACUGGCACCCCAGGACAAGCGGGUCCCCCUGGACCUGAAGGACCUCCUGGACCUGCUGGCCCACCUGGUCCAACUGGAGAGCCGGGAAUCCCAGGAGAAAUCGGACAAAGGGGAAAGAAAGGGGAAGCGGGACUUCCUGGAGUUGAUGGCCUUCCUGGACCACCGGGUCCCGCAGGCCCCCCUGGACCUCCCGGGAAUCCAGGACAGACAGGACUUCCUGGAUUACCAGGAGAGCUCGGGUUCCCAGGAAAACACGGAGAGGCUGGUAAACCUGGUCUGCCUGGGAAGGACGGUGUUGAUGGUCAACCUGGAAGUGAUGGAGAGAAAGGUUCAAGAGGUGAACCAGGCCAGGAUGGCUUUCCUGGAAAACCUGGACCGAAGGGUGAGGAAGGAUCUCCAGGACCCAGAGGACCACCAGGAGAAAGGGGUGAGACCGGUCUUCCAGGUGAAGCUGGUGUAAUGGGCCCGAGAGGAGAAAGAGGACUGCAGGGGGAAAGAGGAAUAGACGGUGAUUUCGGACCAAAAGGGGAGAAAGGAGACAAGGGUGAAGUUGGACCCAGAGGGCUUCCAGGAACCCCAGGAGACGUUGCCAGUUUGAUUCCUGAGCCUGGAGAGCCAGGUAACCCUGGGGAGAAGGGCGAGAAAGGAGAUCAGGGAAAACAAGGAGAGGUGGGUCCGAGGGGACUUCCCGGUGAACAAGGCUUUAGAGGACAACCUGGGCUCCCGGGAGCUAAAGGAGACUCUGGGUCCAAAGGAGUUCCAGGUACUAAUGGAGAACCGGGUCCUCCUGGGCUGCCCGGCCCUCAGGGGCAACGAGGUCUCCCUGGCAACGUGGGACUUCCAGGCAAUAUCGGACCACCGGGAGUGGAGGGACAGAGAGGAGAAAAGGGAGAUCCCGGGAAAGACGGUCCUGCAGGCCCCCCGGGUCUGCACGGAGAGCCCGGUCCUAGAGGUGAAGCAGGACCACCAGGGAAAGGCAAAGAUGGAGCGAAAGGAGAUGCAGGACCCCCAGGGCUGCCUGGAGCUCCGGGUUUGAAGGGCCCACAAGGGAAUCCAGGAAUGCAGGGGAUGCCAGGAGACAGAGGUCCUGCAGGAGAGGGAACCCCCGGACAAGCUGGACCACCAGGCCCACCUGGACAGUUAGGAGCUGUGGGGCCGAGAGGAGCACCGGGUGUACCGGGACCUGAAGGACCUUCUGGGCGUGACGGUUCACCAGGAAGACCUGGAGAGAAGGGAUCUCAGGGAGAGCCGGGAAAAGCUGCAGAUCUGUCCAAGAUAGAUCUCAAGGGUAUUUGUUCAGACUGCCCACCUGGACCUGUUGGACCACCAGGAUUCCCAGGAGAUAAAGGACCUUCAGGACCAGCAGGGAAAAAUGGACAGGAUGGAUAUCCGGGUGCUCCCGGACCUGUCGGACCCCCAGGACCAUCCGGAGCUGAGGGAAGUAAGGGUACGAAAGGUGAACGAGGCUCCCCAGGAGCUCCUGGAGAUAAGGGGGAAAAGGGACCCCCGGGGCCUCCUGGUUAUCCUGGUGCUGCUGGAACAGCAGGUCAACCUGGUAAUGAUGGCAACCCGGGACCCCCUGGUCCUCCCGGACCCCCUGGAGAAAAGGGUAAAGAGGGACUGAAAGGCAUUCAGGGUCCUCCAGGUCUGCCAGGUUUAAUGGGAAUCAUGGGUAAGCCUGGAAAAGAUGGACGACCAGGGGAAGUGGGCGAGCCGGGUAAACAGGGAGAACCCGGACCACCAGGAAGAGAUGGACUCCGAGGCCUUCCCGGUUAUAAGGGUCACCAAGGAGAGCCUGGGGAGCCAGGGUCAAAGGGUGAAGAAGGGAAACAGGGUCCAGCAGGACGAGACGGUCCACCUGGAAAAGAUGGAAUCAUGGGACCUCCUGGGCCUGAAGGUCACCGAGGACCAAGUGGACAACCGGGUAAACCUGGAGAACCUGGACCACCAGGAAAAUCAGGACCAUCCGGGGCUCCGGGCGCUCCGGGAGGAAAGGGAGACACAGGGAACCCAGGAUUGCCCGGAUUCGCAGGUCUGAAAGGGCCGUCGGGUCCACCUGGUCCCAGCGGCCCUGAGGGCAAACAGGGCAUGCCGGGCAAACAGGGAGAAAGAGGCAUCAAGGGGGAGAAGGGUGACAAUGGCAUAAAAGGUGACAAAGGCCCCACUGGAGAACCAGGAAUGCCUGGGAUCUCAGGACCUCCAGGCAGAAAGGGACACACAGGCAUGAUGGGAAUGUCAGGACCUCCAGGAGACAUUGGGCCCUCUGGACCCCAAGGACCUCCUGGCCAGCCUGGUCUUCCAGGCCAGAGGGGAGAAACUCCAUCUUUGGAAUCAAUACGCAGGUUAAUUCAAGAGGAACUCGCUAAAGAACUACAAGCCAAGAUGGCCUACCUCAUGGCCCAGAUUCAGCCAACACACAUAAAGAGCUCAGCUGGGCGGCCUGGUCCACCUGGACCUCCAGGAAAAGAAGGACCAUCAGGACGACAAGGUCCACCUGGAGAGCCUGGUAUGCCUGGCCAAAAUGGAGUUGAGGGACCCAGAGGUCCAGCAGGUCCUAAAGGUGAAAGAGGUUCCAGAGGGGAGAAGGGAGAAAAUGGUGUUGGACAAAGAGGAGAGCCGGGUCCAAUUGGUCUUAUGGGUCCAGCGGGAAUGCCUGGAGAGGGUAAAGAUGGUCUUCCAGGAGCAACUGGAGCCCAGGGUGAGCCUGGACAUCCCGGUCCUCAUGGACAACCCGGUCCACCGGGACCUCCGGGCCAGUGUGACCCCUCUCAGUGUGCCUACUACGCCAGCCUGGCAUCGCGACCUCACACUAAAAACGUCAAAGGAACCUAGACCUCACGUCUGGGCAUAUUUAUGAACUCAUGACAGUCUAAAGCCUUCCCAGAUGAUCCGGGGAGCUUUGGUUGGGUGACAUUUUUACAUUUUAGGGUGUGUGUGUGUGUGUGUGUGCUAAGGAGGUCAUGUAUGUCCUGCCGGUCAGAUAUAAUGGGUAAUUUGUUCGCUAGGCGGGAAUGGGGAGGGUUUGUACUGUAAGCUGAGGGAGGUGAUUAAUUUAAUGUAGUUGACUUUUUUUUUUUUCCAUCAGGGAGUUCUAAGAUGAAAAACUAAGAUGUAUUGUCCGAUGUGUCUUUUUUUUUUUUAUGCAACCUGCUUAAUUUCUCAAAGUGUAGAGACGCUAGUGAUACCAGACAGAUAGACUAAAGGUGAUGGAUUAGCCUUAGGUCCUGAGUCAGUGUGUGGAGAACUGAUCCGUUGUUAAGGAAGUCUUUUUGCAGUGUGUGUGUGCUUUUGUGUGUGUGUGUGUGUGUGUGUAUGGGGUAAUUAUUGAGCUAGAGGAGAUUUAUCUUCUGCCGUUGUAUCGAUUUUUGCUGGUCGGUAAUGUGACGGCGGAAGGAAAAACAACAUAUUUUAACACACUGACCCUGAGAUCAUUAGUAAUCCGCUGUGAGACGGGUGGACGUCAUUAAAAAAGUUCUACUUUUUAUUUAGGAAGUUAUUAAUAGGACUGUAGGCAGUUCGCAGGUAGCAAUAUAUAUUUUUAACCCACUUCAAGCUAAUUACAUUCGUCACUUCUAAUUUGUUCUCUAGGGGAGCUCACGAGCUUUUCUUCUAUUCACACAAACAUGACUAAUAGCGUCCGGUCAUCCCUUUACAGAUUUAAAGCUAGUUACUUUUGUAUUAGAUGCAAAAUUAAAGGUUAUUAAAGGACGUACUUUAAAGCACAUCCGCAUACUGGUUACAUUUUGUGUUUGAGGAUCUACACACACUGACCGUGAUGUCAUCACUAUACAAAUUUAUAAUAUGCCGACAUUUCAUUAUGUUACAAAGUCAAAAAUGCACCUAUAUAAUUCAUUCAAAACACCUAUAUUUAUCUAAAUUUGAUACGUUAUAUGUUGGAAUUUAAGAAAUAAAUGUGUCUAUGUCCAAAAAUGUUUUGGAACAAAUAUCUCCUUGUUGUGUACCACCUAGUGUACUGGAGUGGAACUGCAUACAGACUUUUAUGAUUUUUUCAAGCCCAUUCAAGUCACAAGUAAAAUCCUAAGAACGGUACUUGCUUUAGCUUUAUUAAAUUGUUGUUGUAUUCCCAGGGCUUAAUGUUCCCAGGUCCUAUCGUCCACAGAUUUACACUGCACAUAAUGGGAGCAUGACAAGGAUCUUAUGUUCCCAGAGUCCUGUUUUAAAAGUCCAGUGUUACCGAGGCUCUAUUCACAUAAACUUUUUUUUUUUUUUUUGUGUUUAAAACAUUUUAAAACUCUGAUCCUAUAAAAUAAACUGGGUAAUAUUCAGUGACUUAGUGGUUAGCACUGUCAUGUUGGGUCCGUGUGCAUGGAGAUCGCAUGUUCUCCCUGUGCUUGGUGGGUUUCCAUCGGGUUCUCCGGUUUCCUUCCACAGUCCAAAGACAUACAGAUUAGGCUGAUUGACGUUCCCAAACUGCCCAUAGUGUGUGAAUGUGUGUUAUACAAUUGGGAAUAAACACAAUGGUUGCCAUUGGUCUUUACGGUCCCUAAUUAGACGACAUUAGACGACAUUUGCAUGUUCUUCCCAUGCUUGGUGGGUUUCAUGAAGGUACUCCGACAGUCCAAAAACAUCAUUGUGUGUGUAUGAGUGUUUGCCCUGUGAUGGAUUGAUACCCUGUCCAGGGUGUACCUUGCUUCAUGCCCUAAGUCUCCUGGGAUAGGCUCCAGGCCCCCCACGACCCUGUAUACAGAAUAAAGCGGUAUAGACGUUGAGUGAGUGAGUGAGUGAGUGUUAACAGAAAACAUGAACUAGGGAACAUAGGAUCCUGGGAACAUAAGCAUGCCCAUGGUAUUAUUAAUUAAUCUAGGGCUAAUCUGCCAUCAUAAAGACUUUAAUUAAUUAAUUAAUUAAUACAGGCUAGUUAAAGGUUUCUACAAGACGCUGGUUAUUAGCAUGACUAUCCCAAGCAAAAUGACAUCACUUCCUUGUAUUGCAGCGGCACUCUGUGGGUCUGGCGGGAGAAAUUGCUAGAGCGGGUAGAAUUAUACCCAGAUGCUAUUUUAUCAUCUUUAGAAUGGUUUAGCGAUCUUCACAGCACAAAGCAUGUUUUUUUUUUUUUUUUGCUUUUUGCUUUUUUUUUUAUAUCUUGUUUGUGCUUGCCUGUGCAAUCUAAUCCCCACUGUUAAACAACGGCAAGUGCUAACGACAUGAUAUGCUUUGACAAGCUUUGCUCAUUUCAUUUUUACAUAGUUAUGAAAAUUAAACGCUUUUUCAAACUGCG